GCGGGUGGCCGCGCCUGCGCACUAGAUCCCGCCAUCCCCGCUCAGGAACAGGUUGGUGGGGAGGAAUAAUGUAAUAUCAUCGCCCAGUGCCUUUACCGAAUUUACCGAGUGUGAUAUCCGGGACGAGUUGAUGCUACAGGACACCCACUGUUGUGGUGUAGGCGUUUGGACUGUAGUAAGACUAAAGCUGCGUGUAUGUUGUUGUGUAGUGUGUGGCUUUCUGCAUGAUGGCUGCUGCUGCUGGCUCUCCUGCCAGGGAGGAACUCAGUGUACCUCCUGCUGCUCAGCCUCGUAGAGGAGCCCCCGCUGGUCCCACCCCCACCCUGUUGCAUGAUACUGCAAUGCACUCUGCCACCAACAUUGCUGCUGCCAGUACUGGCCCCAUCACGCCAGAGUCUCUGGCUGCCUCCCUACAUUCAUGCAUAUCCUCCCCCACAGGCACCAAGCUGGCAGUCACCACACCCUCUGAAUCACCUGCCGGGGGGGAGGGUGCCAGAAUAACUCUUGACGAGGAGAAACAGAUUGCUCUUAGUCAGCUGCAAGAACUGGAAGUGGCCAUCAAGGUUCGGAAGGUUACCAAAGUGGACGGAAGAAAGAUUCGGUGGAUCGAGUAUCGUGCUCGCAAGCAAGCAGAGGAGGAAAAGCAGUCUGCCAACUCAAAGAAAAGGCCUCGUAGGUCUAGAUCAAAGACCAAAGGGGUGGAGAACAAUGAAAAUGAAGCAAAUGUAAAUAAUAAUAAUAGUAGUAAUAAUAGUAAUAAUAAUAAUAAUAUUAAUAAUAAUAAUAAUAGUAUAAAAACUGAAAGCACCAUGAAAGUUGAACCUGCAAGCCCUCCCGCCAGUGCGGUGGGUACAAGCAAUGUUCUUGAGAGCAUGAAGCAGCAGUUUUUGCAGGGCACAGAAAAUGUUGAGGAGCCAAGUAUUAAUGGCAAAUCAAGUAUUUUGGCAGAAAGCUCCCUUGCUGGACAAAAACGAAAGUCAGGGAGGACACGCAAGUCGACCGGCACAUCAGAAGGGGGGAGUCCUUCCGGUACUUCACCAAAGAAACUUAGUCCUGGUGACACCAGUCCUAAAGGAGCAAGCUUACGGAGUGGAGGUGCAUCUAAGGGUAGCUCCUCUGCUAACAAUUCACUUUUUGAAGGUUCACUUGCAUUAUCCAGCACAUCAACCACACCCCUUACCUCAGAUCAGCCUCUUGGUAUAGGUAUUAAGAAGAACUUUUUCUCACCAAGAUCUCUCACAAAAGGGUUAAGGGAAAUUCGCAAGAUGGAGAAUGGCUCAGAUGGAGUUCCUACUGUAAAGACUGAAGAGAAUAAAACUCCGGCAUCCUCACCGAGUGCCUCCCUGCCCCUUAGAACAUUGGCUUCUGUGGUCUGUGAUGUUGUUAUGGUUGAACCCAAGGAACCACUCGAUGUUAAGCCACCAAUAGUUGAGACUAAAAGUGGCAAAGCUACAUGUCCUCUUAUUAAGGCUGCUGCUAAAUUGAUGUCACAACCUACAGCAAGAUCAAAGUUCACAGACAACUCAUCAUCAAAAGGCAAGAAAGGUGGCUCUCAGAAAGGAAGUGCUAAGAAAGUAUCUACAAAGUCAGGGGUUAGAUCACUGUCAGAACCAAGGACAAUAAUAAAUGGACACACCCCUAUGGUACAAAAUGGUUCAGAAGAGGUGCCUCCAUUGCCAUCACCUGCAGGGGCUUCUGGACUUGGAGAACUAGGCUCAGACAGGACCUCAAAACCAGGGAGCAGGGAAAGCUCCCCAAAAAUGCCUUACGACCCUGACUCUAGUUUAAGGAGGCCUAGAGGCCGACCACCCAAGAAGAAAGUAAUUGUUAAGAAGGAGGGUACUACAAUAAUUUCAGCUGGGAAGUCAGGCAAAAAGUUGGCCACACUUGUUGUUGAUGUCCAUAACACCAUGAAUGGAGAGCCCCAGACUGUAAUCCCUGUAAGCAGACCUGUGUUGAGGGGUAAAAGGACAUCCUCAAGCAAAAAUCCUAGGAAGAAGGUUACUGGAAAAACAGUUUUGGAGCUCUCUGGAUCAUCAGAUAUCAAGAGAUCACCUGCACCUUCACCUAAGCGUCAGAAGAAUAGUGAAGCCAAAACUUCUCAGUCAGGCUCUGCAAGUGCUGACACCAAAAAAGGUAAAACGAAUAAGAAAAACAAUGAUCAACCAGUAGUGAUAAAGGAAGAAAAGGAUAACACAAGUGCCUCAUCUAUUAAUCAAACUCAAGGACAACCUGACCAUACUCAUAGUACAAAACUCACAAAGAGUCUUCUGAGAACUGCUUACAAGGAAGUAGCCCCAGAAAUUGAAUCUAACACUGCCAUUUCAUGUAAUCCUCCUCAUAAGAAAAAGAAAGUAAAGAAGCCUGUCUUGAAAGUCAAAACAUUACCAACCAAGCAUAAGGAAAUCAAGAAAAUAGUGAAAAAAUCUAAAAAGGUUACAAGUAUAGGGGCCAGCAAACAGAAAAAAGCUCAACCCAAGAAAAUUGGUGGUCUGCGUAAAUAUUUGUCAUCACAGAAGGGUAAAACAGUGUCCAAAGCUAAUUCUAACAAAAAGGGAUGUUCCCAGAUAGGCCUCAAAAUUAGUGGGGCUGAGAGUGAAGGUCAGGGUCAGGAGGGUGUUUCACCUAAGCAGGAACAGGACACUCCCAUCAGUAAUCUUGAGGGUGUUCAGCCUCAAGAAGAAGCUGCCUCAGCCUCACUACAGAAAGACAGUAGUAUGUUGGAAAUUGAUUCUGCAGAAAUGAAAAUGGAAGCAGAUCUCCUUUCUCAAAAUCCUAUGGAAUCCAUGGAGUUAGAGGAUUCAGACAAGGUAAAUCAAGCUUCUGAAGUUUCUUGUGUAGCCAGUCAUACAGGAAUUGCAGUUGAUUUUGGAGAGGAGUCUCCAACUAAGGUGAAGCCAUGUAUCACAAAUGUUGUGCCUCAUAAUGAAACUGAAACACAAAUGAAUGAAACUUCCACAGAAGUAAACAUUUUGGGAAUAGGUCAGUCAUAUGAGAAAGUAGGUGACCUGCCAGAAAUAAGUUUUCAGAACAAUAACAAUAACAACAAUAAUCCUGAGGAAGAUGGAGUUGUCAUAAGUGAUAAAGAGAUAACUAUGGUGAAGGAUUUGUCAGCAGAGAAACUUUCUCCCUCAAAGGAAGAGAUGAAAUGCAUUAUCAAAGCAGGUAGUGACAUCAUGACUUCGGAAAACACUGAAACUGUUAUUGAUAUGCAAGAAAAUGUAAAGAGAGAAGAACCUCAGAACCAGAUGCCAGCUUCUGUAAGUGAAAGCCCGCAGGAGGAAGAAAGCUUACAAGAACAAAAAAGUUUCGGAAAUGAGGUGUCCUGUGAUAUUAUGGAUGCAAAGACUGAGGAAGAUGUAAGUGACACAAGUAAAAGUUAUUCUGAUGUCAUGCCUAACAUAGUGACACUGGAUAGUAGUCAGAGUGAUUAUACAUAUGAAGAGAAUAUGUUAUCAAGCUCAUCCAUUAGUGGAAUGCAUGAGGAAAAAGAGAUGCCAGUUUUAGAGCCCAUCUCUUUUCCGACCAGUACUCUGUCACCACCACUCUCUGAAGGUGCUGCCUCUGUCACUGCCCUUCCGAAGGUAAUGAAUGAACUGCAAGAGGAAAAUAUUCUAGGUUGUGAUAAACUGAGUCAAUCUGAUCUUGAGGAACAGAAGACAGCAAUGAGUGGCACUGUAUGUGAUGAAGAAACUCAUACAACUGGAAAUGUGGAUGCCAAAGAAACUUACACUAUUGAAGAUUGUGAAGUGAUGCAAACAACAGGAGUAAAUCAGACACAUGAAUUCGUUGAACCAAGUGACUGUGAAGUGCAGGUAGUUGGAGUACAGACAGACACAUUAAAGGAUGAAGCUAACUCUGAUUCUGUAAUUCCUGAAAGUCAGAAGUGUAGUCCAAAGCAGGUGAAAAAAAGAGAAGGUUCCGUUGUGCGCAAAAAGGUUAAAAAGGGUCUUAUUCAAGGCCACAACACAUCACAAUUAGAGCAGAGAGCACAAGAAGAUCAGGAAGAGCUUGAGAUUAUAAAGAUUACCAAAGCACAGGAAACUAGUCAAGCAGGUGCUGAAAAAGCACUUGAAAGCAGUGAGGUGUUGGGCAGCCUACCAUCAUCACAAAAAGAAAAUGUUGAGGUGCAGGACCUAAUACCAGAAGCUCAGCCAGCCCCUCUUGCUUUAGCACCUGAACCACAUAGUUCCUCUGCUUCCAAAACAAAGGACAAGGUACCACGAAUAUUGAAGCAACUCUUCCAAGAUGAGGGUGUUCAAAAUAUGCUGAAGAGCAUGAGUGAGGACCCAGGGGCUAUCCCCGAGACUUCACCCAACAGUGAUUCUGGGAUGCAUAAACUACGUCCCAAGCGAGUCACAGAGCCCAUGCUCUCCUCAUCUCCAGAACUUGAUGCCAUGGAAGCACUUUUCACCUCCUCAAGAAAGAAGAAACGUGGAUCAGAGUUGGACACACUUUACAUAGAUGAAGGGGUUUUGAAUUUACUAACCAGCAAAGAGCAUAACUCUCGCCGAGGACAACAAGAAGAUACAGCCAGUGACGUAUCCCAGGGCAGUAGUUCAAAGAGUUUUAAGGUCAGUAAGACUUUGAAACCUGUUGAAGCUUUCUCUGACACCAGAAAGAGGAAGCUGAGUGGAGCAAGUACAGCUAGUAAUGCAUCUUCAUCCUCUAAAUCUUUGCAACCUCCUGAACCUAAGAAGGUUCGGUUAGAUGUUCAGGAACCAACUGAGGAUCCAUAUGAAGUAGAUGCUGCUGAGGAGUUCAAAGAGAAGCCUGUUAUCAUGGGCUACUGCAACCUUGAAACAGCUUCGAGUAUGACCCAAAGGAAGGCCAUACCAGUGGUUCCUCUGUCAGUGAAGCAAAAGAACAAAGCAAUCAAAAUGCAGUUGAAGCUUCAGAAGCAGAAACAGUUGAAGAGUGCAGGGAGUGAGGGUCGGGAAGGCAGUAGCAGAAUGGUUGAAGUAUCAAGUACACUGAAGGGGCAAAUGAGUAUGUUCCGUGGAGCCAACAGUUUGCCAGUUUCUAUUGAGUCAAGUAAAUCUGUACCUCCCAUCAAGAUUAAACUGGCAUCAGAUAGUGUUACCAUUAAACCCAUUCCACGGCCAAGUGUGCAUCAGCAACCUGCAGAGGUCACCAUAGUACCUAAACCACAUGUAAGACCACCCAUCAAGCCUCAGGUGGUUGACUCUGGAAGCCCACCUGUUCACAAGACACACACAUUGCCUCAUGUCAGGACCAGUCCAGAAAAACCAAAGCCUCAUCCUGACAGUCAAAGCCCACCGUCUCAUCUCCGGAGGGUGGAGAGCUUUCCUGGACCAGUUCCUCCUGUCCCGGGUUUUCCAUCUCUGGUGAGGAAUUGUGAUCCAGCAGCAGCAGCAGCAGUUGCUGCAGCAGCAGCUGCUGCUGCAUCCAAAAGUCGCCAGCGUGUGGGUGGGGAGAGUGUGCGACAGUCUCAGCGUGCUAGUGUGAGGCAGAGUGAAGCCAACUAUCACUUCAGGGAUAUUGCCCUUAGAAAAUUCAACAACUUCACCCAGAUCAUCUUAUCACCUUCCACAACCAAAAUGAAAAAUGCUCUUAACUCACGGGUUCUGAGGGAGAUGUGUGAAGCACUCAACACUCUAAAGCGGGAUGACUCUGUGAGGAUAGUGCUUGUGACAGGCACUGGCUCCACCUUUUGCCAGGGUGUGGACCUAACUGCUCUCCAGCACCCUAACUUAGAGACACGCAAGAAGAAUGCAGAGAAUCUUGUCAGAGGCAUAAAGGACUUCCUUAAGGCCCUGGUGCAGUUUCCAAAACCCAUUAUUGCUGGUGUCAAUGGAAACGCUAUGGGCUUGGGAGUGACUAUGUUGCCACUGUUUGACAUGGUCAUUGCUAAUGAUAAGGCUGAGUUCUGCCUUCCCUAUGCAAAGUUGGGCCAGGUACCAGAAGGAGGUGCCACAUACACAUUCCCCAAUUUGUUUGGAAAGUUACAGUCUACACAACUGUUCCUGGGGCACAAGCUCACUGCCCAUAGAGCCCAGGAAAUGGGUCUUGUUUCUGAGUCCAUAUGGCCUGCCACCUAUCAGCAGGAGCUCAUUCCCAAAGUGGCCCUUCUUGCUACACACUCAUCACAGAGUAUGGAGGCGACCAAGGCUCUGAUGAACCACCACCUGGUGACCAAGUUGGAGCUGAGUCUGGAGUCAGAGUGUCGCCUUCUCCUGCAGCAGUGGACGUCCCCGCAUUUUGCCCACCUGAGUAAGCGAUUCCUUGACACACAAUACAUCCACCUACAGAAGCCGGUUAGCCUUCCACUUUAGGGGUCGUCCCUGUUUUGGGUGAGAGACAGGCUAGUGUUCACAGAAACUGUGAAAGAGUGGCUUUUUGUAGGCAGUGUCAACUGCCUAUAAAUGUAUACAAGACUGCUGCUCAACCUGACCUUGCCUACACUACUUAAUUUUAUGGUUUAGAAUUUAAUUUUACCAAACAAUUUCUUGUUUAUGGUAUUGUUUUUGAAAAUGUAACACAGCAAUAUGGAGAAGUGUAGCUUUGUCAUGUGUACUGCUGAUGAUUGAGUGUGGAAAUAGCUCGAGCGUGAUACAGCCAACACUGUUUAGUUCAGUGUGGCAAGGACCUGAGGCCUUGACACAGACUCUUCCGUCACCCUGGCCCCGGUGAUGGGACUCCCUCGCAGGGAACAAUAAUGUACAGUCCUAUCAUGCCCUGCCUGGGAGUUAAUAAGAGAGCAGUGCCUGGGAGGUGCAGACUGGUAAUGUCCAUUAUGCAGAAUAUAUUAUCUCCAGUUCUCAUGCACACAGUUUGUAUGUAAAUAAAUAUAUAAAUAUCAGAAGAUUCAUCAGUGCACAAGUUAUAUUUUAUCUGGGGAAACUAUUUUAUCUAGGAACAAGUUCCCAAAGUAUGAAUGUUUUGUAGUCUUUUAGGGGAAAGUUGAAGUGAGUAUUUUGUAGUUGAUUUUUAUAGUUGGGAGUUGUUGAUGAAGUACAACCUAUAAGCUAUUGCAAUCUUAAACAUGUCAAUAUCAUGCAAUGAAAGUUAUUGGAUUUUGAUGAGAUACUUUAUUUUAAUACCAUAAUCUAAAUGUUCAGAAUUAUUUGUGUGAGUAAAAGAGUAAUGUGAGUGAGUGGCAUAUGACCAAAUUCUUUUCAGUGCCCUAAUUUAGUUCUGUAUAUAUUUUUAGUUCUCAACAUUUAUUUAGUAUGACAAUUUUAUUGGUAACUUAAGCAAUAUUUACCCUGUACCCUUAUGCACCCAUCUUAAUUUCUUUCCUGGCACAAUCAGAUGGCAGUUCAAUGCAUUAUUUCAGUGCUGUUGUGAAAUGGUGCUGCUGGGAUGCACCACAGUAAUAUACUGCAAGGAUGGCAGUGCUAUACUGUGUAGAAGUUUGUUAUGUUGCAGCACUUGUGUCAUGAUAUACUGCAGAAUUAUGUAGUGUUAUGCAGCACUGUGUUGUCUGUCAUGUGCAGCUGCUGUAAGAGUACAAUGUCUGACAUCAGAUGGUGUAACCCAGUACUGCAGCACACCAUGGCACUCAGCACCAUUGCAUUUUAACCUCCCGUUUUCUGCUGUGUCAUCUGGCAAGCCUUUCAUCCGUCUCAUGCACAUUAUUUAUUGUUAGACAUUUGUUUUGAUGCUUCUCAAUCAAAGAUAUGUGGCAUUGUAACAGAUCUCAGUGAUUUCCCCAAAGUACAACCCCACCCUGCACCCACAUGUUCUUUGGGCCUUCUCCGGCCUCCUUGACCUUCAUUUGCCUUUCUUAUCUUAGUUUAGUCUAUGGCCCAUUGUACAUACCUGUAUUGUUUGUAAGUAUAAAUAAUGCAUAUUUUCACCAGUA